AUGGAUCUUAAAAAUUAUUCAGAGGGGAAUUCAGUUAAACUAAACGGAUCACUUUCAAACAUAAUUAAUGAUAAAAGUGUAUCAAAUAGCAAAAAAAAAUUUUGUGAAAUGAAUUCUCAAGGAAUUGAAAAUUCAUUUGAUAAUAAAAGUGGCUCUAAAAACUCAAACCAUUUUCAACAAUUACACCCCAUAUUAUCGAAUCUUAUUGAUCUUAGAGAUUCUUUAUAUUUUUCUCAAAAACCAUCUUUAUGUAAUCUUCCUAGUAUCAUAGUUGAAAUUCAGAAAGUAGAUAUAAGUUCUGAAAACACUCUAGAUGAUAAAACAAGAUUGUUGGUAGGCGAGGUUACAUCUCAAAUUAGUGAACUAUGUAGCAAAGAAUUAGAGUUUUUUAGUGGUCUUAUUGAUGCACAUAAUAAAAUAGUCGAGGAUACUAUGGGCUUGUUGCAAAUUUAUAAAAAAUCGAACUCUAUUAGACAUCACACCAGUUUCAAUGAAAAUUGUCAAAUAUCAUCAAUUCAAAAACCUAAGAUACGACAACAAACAGAUCCAUAUUUUGAUUUAUUAUUCAUCAAAUAUUUGCUUGAUAAUAACCUUGAAAGGCCAGACAAAAAACGGCUUCGAUUGUUAACAUUCUGGACUAAUCUUUCAGAGAAAACACUUAACACCCGGUUUAGUAAGAAACAUAGAUAUUAUAUUAAAAACUAUGAUCAGAAGAGUGCACGUGAAAAGUUGACAGAACGUGCAAUAAAAAUAUGUAAACAAUUGCGUAGGCCUAAUUCACUAAAAACUAGUGAAUCUUCGAUUAAAUCCAAGUCUAAUAACAGAAAUUCGCCAUACAAAAGAGUAAACCAUGAUUAG